AAAACAGCUUGAAAUUUAGUACGUUAAGCUCUAUGUAUUGUACACUCAGAAACUAAAGUCCUAACUACUAAUAGACCAUUACCAUAUUUCCAUCUUCCUCUCUGAAGCUCAACUGCGAAGCCAUGGAAACUCUGCUGCCUCUUUCCACAACUCUUCGUAUCAACACACUCCAUCCAAUGGUUUCUCCUUCAUUUCUCCAGAGAAGUGGCUCUGCAAAUAAAUUUUUGCCUCUAAAGAGACUUUUGCAAGGGAAACAAGAAGGCAAUGUUGAUCGUCAUGAUGCUUACAUGGAUUGUCCAUUCAAUUCAAACACAUGCACUAAAAGUUUACUUCAUGUUACUGAGGAGCUUUUGCUUGAAAUGCCAUACAAAGGUUUUUUGCCUGAUGUCUCCACUCUGUCUACUUUGAUGCUGUGCUAUGCCAACAAAGGUUUGUUCUCUCAAGCACAGUGUAUUUGGGAUGAAAUGUUUAACAGUUCUUUUCUACCCAGUGUUCCUAUAAUUUCAGAGCUAAUUGAUGUCUAUGCAACCAGUGGACAUUUUGAUUUGGUGAGCAGAAUUCUGCAUCAAGUACGCUUGAGAAACCAUAUGAUGUUACCUGCAAUAUAUGCGCAGACUAUUUCUUGUUUUGGUAAGAAAGGAGAACUUGAGUUGAUGGAAAUUAUGCUAACAGAGAUGAUUGCUAUGGGAUUCUCGGUAGAUUCUGUCACACAAAAUGCUUUUGUCAUUUAUUCCAGCAAUUUUGGUUCAGUGGCUCAGAUGGAAGUUGCAUAUGCCCGUCUUAAGAGUUCAAGGAUUCUCAUAGAGGAAGAAGGAAUCAGGGCAGUUUCAUCUGCUUAUAUCAGGGAAAGGAAAUUCUAUAGUCUAGGGAAGUUUCUAGAGGAUGUUGGUCUUGGCAGGAGAAAUGUAGGAAACCUUCUGUGGAACCUUCUCCUGUUAUCCUUUGCCGCCAACUUCAAAAUGAAAAGCUUGCAGAGGACCUUUGUGAGAAUGGUGGAAGGUGGAUUCCAUCCUGAUCUGACUACUUUUAACAUUCGAGCUCUGGCUUUUGCAAAGAUGUCAUUGUUUUGGGACUUGCAUCUGAGCAUUGAACAUAUGCAGCAUGAAGGAGUUGUACCCGAUCUUGUGACUUAUGGUUGUAUAGUUGAUGCAUACUUGGAGAGAAGGCUGGGAAAGAAUUUGGAAUGUGCUUUGAGCAGAUUGGACACAGAUACUCCUGCUACGAUAUUGACAGAUGGAAUUGUUUUUUAUGCGAUGGGAAAAGGGGAUUUUCACUUGAGUGCGGAGGCCUUUUUGGAGUUCAAAGAUAAAAGGGAUUGGACCUAUAAGCAACUUAUUAAAAUAUAUCAAAAGAAAAAAUUCCGGAGUAACCAAGUGUUUUGGAACUACUGAUGAAAUGUUCAAUCAUUAUGAUGAAUAUGAUUUCAAUGCAACAAGCAGCUUAUGCCAAAAGGACAGCCUCUCACUUGAAUAGUGAGACAAAAAAACCUGGUGGGACUCUUUGGGUGGACAAAGAGCAUCAGCUACAGGUGAACAGAAUAUUGGGAGCAGAUGCAGUUUACUCCAAGAGUUGUUGUAUAUAGGAUGUCAGCACAGAAGUUGGGAUGUGCAAAAGGACAAGUUUGGUGAGCAUUAGUUCAUAGCUACUUACCAAAGUUUGAAUGCAUGAAGGAGACAAGUAGUAGGUGCCAUGUCAUUUGGUUUAGGAACAGAAAGAUACUGAUAAUGCGGCUGAAGAUGACUGUCGAAAGCUGUAAUCACCUCAUCCAAUCACCAAGCAGAAUCUGAAGAUCAGGCAACCAAUCAUUAAGAUCACCUUUUUAAUUUAGCUAUCCCAGCCAACCAAUGAUUAAAAUCACCAACAUGGCUGCCUCAGCUUCCUUUAUCUGACAUUGCACGGCCAAUUUCUUAAGCAUUGUUGGACUAUUCUUAGGCUUUGUAAAUUUGUGUCCUUUUUUUUUUCAAAUAUUGUUAGAGUACAAAACCUUAAUGAGUUGCUGGAGUUUGUUGGAUAAUUUCUUAAGAUGCCAAUAACUUACUGCACAAUUGC